GGGCAUCUUCUCUGGUUUUGGGUGAAUGAAAACAAUUUCAAGGGAGAAAGUAUCAGGGAAAUUCCAUUAUAAGCCAGCGAGAAUUGUAUUGACACUAAAAUUAAUUCAUUAACUUGCAACUUCCGUUUUCUUCGAAGAUAGAGCACCGGAGAUAGAUCAAUUGCACAUUUUAAUUGAUUUUAAUCUGGGAUUGGAGGGUUUGAAGGUUAAUUGCAACCUUGAUAGACGAAACAUAUUUUUUACGUAGAUUAUAUUGAUAAUUCGAUAUUGUAUUUCUAUAUCGGGGAAUUUUCACGUGAAAUUGUCGUUUGUAUCGGUAAAAUGCCAUCGUCCAAGUCUUUGAGCGUCGCUGUCAUAUGUUCUAGUAACAUGAAUAGGAGUAUGGAGGCACAUGCCUUUUUGAGCAAAAAGGGAUUCAAUGUCAAGUCUUUCGGGACGGGGGACAAAGUGAAACUUCCAGGGAGUGGUCCUGACAGACCAAAUGUUUACGAUUUUGGCACGACCUACGACGAAAUCUAUAACGAUUUGCUAGCCAAGGAUAAACAACUAUACACACAGAUGGGUUUGCUACACAUGUUAGACCGCAAUCGACGGAUAAAACCGAGGCCAGAGCGUUUUCAACUGAGCAAAGAGAAAUUCGAUUUGUUAGUGACGUGUGAGGAACGUGUCUACGACCAAGUGAUCGAGUACAUGGAAUCCAGAACUCCCGUGGACAAUCAGCCAGUUCAUCUCAUUAAUAUCGACAUCCAGGAUAAUCACGAGGAGGCGACAGUCGGAUCCUUCCUCAUCUGUGAAUUAGUAACAACGUUGGCGAAUUCUGACGACUUGGACAACGACAUCGACAGCCUUCUCUACGAGUUCGAGUCAACCAAAUUCCAACGACCGAUGCUACACACCAUACUAUUUUACUGAAUAAUCUGAAGUGGAACAACUGAGAGUAACAAUAAUUUUUAAUUUAAUUUUGUAGCCUCAGAACUUCGAAUCAUUGGACAAAGAGGACGAGUGCCAAGGAACAGGACGAAUAACUAUAUAAUUAACAAUUGUAAAUAGAAAUUGAAUGAGAAGAAGAGGUUGAACGUUCUUUAAUUCAUCUUAAUGCAUCUGCGAUGCAUUUUCAUGAGCAAUUGGUCGACACAAACUUCAUGAUUUUUUAAAUAAUUGAUAUUCAUCAACAAUAUUGAGAGUUCAAUUCACGUAGAAUGAGCAAGUCCUUCCAAUUUCAUUGUGAUGAUGUUCCCUGCGAUUUUUUUAAUUAACGAAAAACCUGUUCCACAUUAAAUCCAUAAGAUUCGUUUAAACUCCAGUCGUACGUCCGAAUGAGAAUUAAAGAACCUGAACGAUCAGCUGUGACUCCCGAAAAUUAAUCGAGAGAAGACAAGAAACAUUUGAAUAAAUGGAGAAGGAGCUAUAA